ACAAACAUGUGACCUAUACUGUAAGACUGCUCCUGCUUGUUACUCCUUUGUUGUGAUUUAAUUUGAUGUUGUGUAGCCACGCAGAGACAGUUUGCAUAUAUUAGAAUGUUAAGUUCUGUGAUGUCAUCAAAACAGUUUUAAAAAGGGACCUUUCAAAGUUCCAACUACAUACAAAAUCAAAUAGUUAAAAGUGAGUUUAGUCCAGGGAGAACAAUUUUGAACCAGUUUCCGAUAUGUCGUCAAAAUCUUGGCCGACCUUUGCUACGCCACGUGCUGUGGGUGUAAGUAAAUAUCUAGAACGCCACACUGAGCCCUGGUCCUUCAGGGUAGAGGACAGGACGUCAGAUGGGCGAAUCAAGAGCUCCAAAAGAAAAGAUGGUUCCACAGAGAGAUUGGAAAAAGCUUCCAAAACACGAAAGGACAGCGAAAGUCCAACCCCAGGCCCCAGCCAUGUUUUCUUUGAGAAGUCUGCUUUCAGAAAGAAGAGCAGCAAACAAAAGAGCAGCGAUGGAACAAAAGAACCACGCAAUAAAAAGAGGAGGACAUCAAGCUCACAGGAGGAGUCUAACAACUCCAUCUAUGAGACAGAUGAUCCUUUACCUAGCACAUACAACGGUCACACUACAGAGGACUUUGAAGAAAAAUAUGACGAGCAGGAUAUGCUGGGUGAAGGACAAUAUGGGGAAGUGUUCUUUGGAAAACGUAGAGAAGACAACUUCCCAGUGGUAAUAAAACAUGUUCCUCAGAAGUCGCUCUACCGCCAGCCAAUGCUUCUUAAUGGUAGAAUGACCAAGAUUCCUCUGGAGGUGGCAUUGCUGAUAAAAGUGGGGGCAGGACCAGAGGCUACAAGCAGCAAUGUAACCCCAGUUUUACUCGACUGGUAUGACUUAGAAAAAGAACUUAUUAUGGUCUUUGAAGGGGGCAAAAACAACAUAGACUUGGACGUUUACCUGUCAAACAGAAGAGAAAGGAUUUGUGAGAGCGACAUUAAGGCCAUAAUGAGACAGUUGGUAGAUGCAGCCACUGAAAUGCACUCCAAGGGUGUUUUCCAUCAAGACAUUAAGACAGACAAUAUUAUAAUUGAAAACUCAGCUGAACGUUUAGCACGUCCGCGUGUCAAAUACAUUGAUUUUGGCUGUGGAGUCUUUUUUACACCAGAAGCAGUCACUCGAAGAAAUGGGAGAAAAUCACCGGCUCUAAACUUGCUGUUUAACGCCACAAAAGCCGAUUGCAUCACAGUUUUGCAGCUGGGCAGAGUGAUGGAUAGGCUGUUACACAACAUCACCUCUUCCAAGAACAUGUAUGCAAAGCGUACCGAUAUUUCAGAAAACUGCGAGAGUUUUCUGUUAGGUUGCCUGGCAGCCAAAAAUGAAGACCGCCUCACCCUAGAGGAACUUCGAAAUCAUCCCUGGUUCAAAUGACUUAUCGACUCCAAGCACAACAGGGUUACAGAGCAUAAGCUCUAACAGAGAAGUAUUUGAUCAAAUUCUGAAGCCAUGUCACAUAUCUGUGUACGUUUUUAACAAUUAUCUCAUUUUUACAGUCCUGCCCCUGUAGAGGCACCCCACAAAAACCAGGAGAUCGAAGUGGAACUUCCAUGUAUUGUCUUUUCCAUACAUGGUUUCUGUCCAUAAAUGGAAAAUACCCCACCCACCCCCAGCAAUCCGUGGAAAGGGGAUCUCUCUUUGAAUUGCCUUUCCCGAGGUUUCUUCUCAAGUUUUUGAGGAGUUUUUCCUCGUCUUCUUAGAGAGCUUGUGCUGGGUUAAAAAGAGUUGCUACUAUGAACCUGAGUUAUAAAUACAGGUGCAUAGUAGCAACCUGUAUUGCUGCACUGAUCAAUAAUUAAUUGAUCAAUAAUUAAUUGAUCAGUGAUCAAUUAAUUAUUCAUGAAUCAAUUUAACCCAAAAAUUGGACAAAUCUAAAGAAAUGUAUUAAUCAGGGAAUUAGCAGCAACAGUAAUUGGACAAUCUAAAUUUAUCAGUUAAUAAUAAAUAAAUCUGAAUAAUUCAUCCUGCAUCGCCUGUCUGCUUAUAUCACAUAAACCUUUCACUGAAAUUGAUUUAAUUUGUUAUAAUUAUAAUAAUUAUUUGUUUGUACUAAUGCAUCACAAUUUCUUUGAAAGUUAAAGUGUGUGAAUUUCCCGUCUUAAACAUGUCAGUGUGAUCAUCCUGUCCUGUCAUGCUAAGAAAUGCAGUUGUGAGUUUUCAUUGCUUCACUUGGACGAAACGCCCAAACACAAAAAUGGUCCAGUGCUGUUUCUGACCGGAACACUGCAGGUUUAAUGUCUUAUAAAACAUAAAUCUAUGUAAUCCACACAUACAAUUCACCAUGAUGGACAACGUACCUCACCGUCCUUAUCUCAAAAGUUGACCCUAAUGUGACCGCUAAGCAACUUGUGAACUCUGCAGUCUGCAUUGAAGGUCAUGCUCUGGUUCAUCUCUCUACCAUCAGGUCUUGGAGUGUCUCAUUUUACUGCAUUAGCUCAAGUUCAAUCGUGACAGCAACAACUG